CUUUGUUCCAUUUCCACCGAGCUACUCCACGAAACGGCGGUUACGGUCACCACUGCGGGCAGAAGCGGUUCGAUUCGAUAUUCAGCUUCUUGUUUAUAAUACCCCUCUUCAGUUCGUCUUCCGUACACUUCCGUACACCUCUGAUCGACCGCACCAAAUUUCCCGGACGCAUACCAUCAUUGCUCGCGCUGCUAUUGUUGCUAUAUGUCGAAUCCCACCAGUUACUAUCAGAACGCGCUCCAUCAGAUUCAAGAGAGGCAAGCGGGAGCCCAGAAUGAGGACCCAACUCUGCCGAACUUCAGCGAGAGGCAGGUGAAGAGUGUGCCCGAGCCGGCGACGUUCAGCCCGUCCGACCAGCAGCUGUGGCGCUAUGGAGAAUCGGGCCAGCGUAUGCCGAACCUGGAGUUCCUCAAGCCGCACUUCUUUCGCGAAGGUCGGCUGACGGAAGCGCAGGCCUUGUACAUAUUGGAGGAGGCGACCGAGGUGUUGACGCAGGAGCCGAAUAUGUUGAACGUUCCUGGGCCUGUGACGAUAUGCGGCGAUAUACAUGGCCAAUACUAUGAUCUCAUGAAGCUGUUCGACGUUGGUGGCAAUCUGGCCGACAACAACUACCUCUUCCUGGGCGAUUAUGUCGAUCGUGGUUGUUUCGGUAUCGAGUGUCUGUUGUACUUGUAUGCGCUGAAACUCUGGUACCCCCAUAAACUCUUCCUAUUGCGCGGAAACCAUGAAUGUCGGCAUCUAACAGAGUAUUUCACUUUCAAACGCGAAUGUCUACACAAGUAUUCCGAACGCGUGUACGAAGCAUGUAUCAAAUCAUUUUGCGCAUUACCCGUGACUGCGUUGGUGGAGGGCCGGUUCUUUUGCGUGCACGGAGGAAUAUCUCCACAGCUUAACACGUUCCAGGAUAUAGCUCGGAUGGACCGUUUCCAAGAACCCGGGUCUCAUGGUCUCCUCUGCGAUCUGCUGUGGGCAGAUCCCGUCGAGAACUUCGGCCAUGAAGAUGAACAACCACCAACACCGGGACGACCGAGUGCGGCCGGUCAACUAUUCUUGCACAACGAAACAAGAGGGUGCUCGUGGUUUUACACUUAUGAGGCCGUCUGUCGCUUCCUCGACCGAAAUCAAGUGCUUGGCGUCAUCCGCGGGCACGAGGCGCAAGACGCUGGGUACACCAUGCACCGCAAGCACAAGAAAUUUCCAUCGGUGAUCACCAUCUUCUCCGCGCCAAACUACCUCGACGUGUACCACAACCGGGGUGCGGUCAUCAAGUACGCGAACAAGAACAUCACGAUACGGCAGUACAACUGGACAAGCCACCCGUACUGGCUCCCGAACUUCAUGGACGCGUUUACGUGGAGCCUGCCGUUCGUCGGCGCGAAGAUUGUGGAGAUGCUACUCGCUGUGCUGAGCGUGUGCUCAGCUGAAGAGCUGGAGGAGGGGGAGGAGGAGGGCUCGUCUGGCUCAGAGGACGAGACGCGGACGAUCGCCGACCUCGCGCUCACGCCGAGCGAGAUCGCGCAGCGGCGGCAGCAAAUCAAGAACAAGAUCCUUGCCGUCGGCCGGAUGCAGCGCCUGUUCCAGCUCCUUCGAGAGGAGGCCGAGAACGCGUCCGAGCUUGCCGCACCCGAGGCUCCCUCCGGCGAGCGGCCGACGAACGCGCUCGGCGUGCAGGUCAACCAGGUUCGGCGGUAUAUUCGGACCUUCGACGACGCACGCCGUGUGGACCUGGCGAACGAGCGCUUACCGCAGGUGUCUGCUGAUGACCCCGCGGCGAACUUCCCGCUCGUGCCUGUGCCGUCUAUGCGGCCGUCGAUGUCCCGGCGUAAUACGGAGAUGCUUAUACACGGCGUGUCGGAGGGCGAGGAAGACGAGGAUGGUCAGGUGGCACAAUUGGCGGAGAGGAUCGCGAUGGGCAGAACGCCGUCGACGAGGCGGAGAGCGUUAAGGCGGCACGAUACGGCGCCCUGAUAUGUGAAGGGGGGGACUGUAAAUCUGUUCGUAGUGUUGUGCGUAGGGACGUGGUACUUCCACUUCAUUGCUUUUUGUACCGUUAGGGAUGUCCAAAAGAAGAUAAGCGCGUCAGUUCGGCGGCUGCCAUCUCGU